AUGGAGAGGAUUGAUGUCCACGCACAUUGUGUACCGCCUGCUUAUCGGGAAUACUGUCUCCAGAAUGAUUUCGCCGGGAGGGGCCAUCCCGAUGGAAUGCCGGCUAUUCCAGAAUGGAGUGCAAAGUCACAUAUCGAGAUGAUGAACGAAUUGGGAAUCGAAAAGGCUAUUCUGAGUAUGUCGUCGCCUGGUACGCAUUUAACGCCAGGGAACAAUUCGGAAGCACGGAAAUUGACGCGACGAAUCAACGAGGAUCUUUCUAAAAUCUGCGCCGAGAACAAAGACCGAUUUCUGUUCUUCGCGUCGCUCCCUCUGCCUGAUGUUGAAGGUUCACUAGCCGAAAUCAAUUACGCGCUGGAUAAUCUAGGCGCGGUCGGAUUUCAGAUAUUGACUAACUCUCAUGGAAUAUACCCCGGAGAUGAACGACUGAAGCCCAUUUUUAAAAAGUUGAAUGAGCGUGCUACCAUUGCGUUUUUUCAUCCAACCAGCUGCAAUAUCCAAAACACCAAAAACGGCUCAGUGGAACAUAUAACCCCGAUUCAUGGGGUGGCCAGCCCGGUUAUGGAAUUCAUGUUCGACACAACUCGUGCUCUGGCUAGUCUCGUGACCUCGGGAACAGUGGCCAGUUGCCCCAAUGUCCAAUACAUCGUGUGCCAUUGUGGUGCAACUUUCCCACCUCUUGUUUCACGUAUUGCUGAAUUUUCCGCAUUCCUCUUGGGAAAAUCGAUUACGGAAGAUGAGAUUAAACAGCUACUCCAAAAACAUUUCUUCAUCGAUCUUGCCGGGGUUCCAUUCCCCGACCAGAUCCAUGGCGUGCUGCGAUUAGUAGAUUCGUCCAGACUACUAUAUGGGAGUGAUUAUCCCUAUACUCCAGCACCUCUAGCUAAAAGCCUUGCGAAGAGGCUUGAUGAAGGACUCGGGGAGAUAUUUGAUUCUCAGACAAACAGACGGAUUCUUUUCCAGAAUGCCCAGGAUCUGAUUUCUUCAAAUCCUCCACAGUGGUCCACCUUUUGA